AUGCUUCGGACCUCUUUGCGGUCUGUGUCAGGCCCUUCAAGCCGACAUGUUCGUCUCUCCUGUCUAGCGCGCCCUGGCGCGCCCAGUUUGCGCCAGUUUCACCGUAUAUCUGCACUUCAUACCGAUUCAGUUGAAACCAACCUGGAAACAAAUUCAUUUAACGCGUCGACCGAGCCUUCAGUGCCAUUGCCGCUUAAUGAUCAGAUCCCAGCGGCAAAAGAUGUCGCCUCCAACAAGCCCCAUAACCCCCAGCCGUUGGAGGAACAGAAACCGCCCACUGCUUCCGAAUGGGCUGGGAUGAAGGCAAGACAAAGAUAUAAAUACAGAAAACGGUAUCCCUUGCUCUACAACAAGUUCAAGAUGGAAGUAUUAAACAAAGACAUUACACCCUCCCAAGCAGCACAAUCAGAGGGACCACCAUCAGAGGAAGCCGCGUCAGAAGAAACUGCGUCACAAGAAACCCCGUCAGAGGCAGCGCGGGUGGAAGCAGAAAAAAUCAAGGCCUUGCAACAAAAGGUGAUUGAAGCGGAUAUGGAAGCCAAACGGGAAAGAAAGGCCAAAAUCAAGGCUCAGACGUUGAAGAAAAAGGAGAAAGAAAGUCAACCCGAAGCUGAGAUUCCAACAGACGGCGCAUCAGAUACGCCAGCAUCUAGUGAACCCAAGGAGAGCACCCUCAGCUUGAAGUCCACUAGCGAUGUAGUGACUCAGACAUUGGACACAAGCUCCAAGAGCGAUGUUGCUAGUCAAAAUGAGCCAGAGGAGGAGACGAAGGAUAGGGAAAUCCUUUGGUUUAUGAGAAACCAUAUCACGUCCAAGGACCGUGGGACUCUGUACUCAAAGGACCAGAAGCUGUGGUUGAAAGAGUUACCUGUCCCCCUGCCUCCUGUCCCACGCGUCGCCUUUGGUCUCGACCGAGUGCUUUUCAAUCCCGGUGUCUACCAGCUACGUGACCCUCGGUCUCUUGUCUACAAUUUCGACCCCUACCUAGACCAAAUCAUGCCCGUGACGGAAUUUGACUUUAGUGCCUUGAAGCCGUAUGUCACCUCCUCUCAAGAUGUGACGGCUUGCGAAAUGACAGAGAAACACGGAAAGAAAUACUACGGCUCGUCGUCUAGCAUGACUUCGGUUCUCGCGCAUUUCCAUUUUCUUCUGUCCGCGUGGCGACCUGUCGACGUUACCAAAAUUUCACGUGGUUUCGAAGACCCUAUGCGGACCUUCACCCGCCUCCUUCGAGCGCCGACUGCCAUGUUCCUCCGUUAUAAGGAAAAAGAGGAUAUUUACGCCAUUGAUGCCGACAAGGAAUACGAUUACGCUAAUAUUCUCAUGAACCUGGGCAAGUCAAUGGAGAAGCAACUCACGAUGCCAAAAGAACAAUUUGAGCGCUACCGCCGCAGUGAUCCAAACAAGAUCACCGCCGAGGAAGAAGCAGCCACCCCGGAGUCAUACCACUACAGCACCGCAGGUAAAUUCCUCUUGCGAUCUCAACUCGACGCCUACGACCCUAGACUGCCAGGUACCGGCAUGUUCGACUUGAAAACACGUGCAGUGGUUUCGAUCCGUAUGGAAGCCACCGACCACGAGCGCGGAAUGGGUUACGAGAUCAGACGCCGCUAUGGCAAAUGGGAGUCCUAUGAACGCGAAUACUUCGAUAUGAUCCGCGCCGCCUUCCUCAAGUAUUCCCUGCAGGUUCGCGUUGGCCGCAUGGACGGCAUCUUCGUCGCGUACCACAAUAUUGAGCGCAUCUUCGGUUUCCAAUACAUCCCUCUUGACGAGAUGGAUCAGGCUUUGCACGGCACACCCAACACCGCACUCGGAGACAAAGAAUUCGAACUGAGUCUCGCCCUGUGGGAGAAGAUCCUCGACAAGGCAACAAAAAAGUAUCCCAAGAAAUCUCUACGUUUCCACUUUGAGACCCGGGAAGCUACCGUACCCUACAUGACUAUCGUCGCGGAGCCCGUCACGGACGAGCAAAUCGAUGCCAUCCAGACAAAGAACAAAGCCCACAUAGAUGCCAUCCAAGACCGUCUCCUCAACCCGGAGCAAUAUAUUGACAGGACCCCGGAGGCAGCCAUGGUGGGCUCAGCUGAGGAGCUCGCCGACGAAUCCCUCUAUCCAGAGGAGGAGGAAGAGGAGGAGCUUCCCGAAGCCGAAGCCGAAGCCGAAGCCAAAUAUUCAAUUGAAAGCGAAUUCCGCCUUGAAGAUGGUGAGCUAGCCGAAGCCGAGGCCGAAGCCGAGGCCGAAGCCGUCAACGUACAGAAAGAUCCCAACACCAAAUCCCUGGCCGAGACUCUCUUCCCCGAAGAGGAAGGCGAGGAAUUAUCCGAAGCCGAAAAGUCCGAAUACCACCCCUCGAUCGAGACCGAGCAGACGCCGGAGCCGAUUGAUCCCACCAAGACCGUACCAAAGCGCGAUCCCUUCGUAGAGGACGACGUCGACGAGGACGUCCUCGGGAUGAUUCUUGUUAUUCACAACAACGUGAACGGUGUUGCCGUGGAGCGGCCGACGUGGUUCACCGUGAACGACAACUGGGAUAUCGACUACGAGCUCAACGAGCUUAGUUUGAAGGAGAGUAACGAAGCUCUGCGGACGUGCAAGAGACGCCGUAAUCAGGUAUUGAGAAAGAGUGUGACGGAUCAUGAGGCUGGUUUCUUCCGCACUAUAAAACAUAUGACUAGCAAAGGACGUGCCUGGCGGAAGCGGAUGGAUGAGAAGGAUCGUGAGCGUGGAAUUCUUGUUUAUAAGGAUUCUUGUGACAUGUGA